AUGGGUAGAACAGAGGUUGCGUUUGCUAUGUUUUUAGUUUAUUUUGUUCUAACCACUGAAUCUUCGCGAGUUACUGUACAUCAAGGAGAUACAUUGCCUCACCACGGUCGCUGUGAACCUAUUACUAUUGAGAUUUGUCAAAACAUAAGAUACAAUCAAACAAUUUUCCCGAAUAUACUGAAUCACGUUAACCAAGAAGAUGCAGGACCUGAAAUACAUCAGCUCACACCUUUGAUUAAAGUUAAUUGUUCACCCGAUCUGAGAUUUUUCCUGUGUUCAGUAUACGCACCUGUAUGCACAAUUUUAGACAAAGCUAUACCUCCUUGCAGACAUUUGUGUGUUUCGGCCAGACAAAAUUGCGAUGAGCUUAUGAACAGGUUUGGAUUUCCAUGGCCCGAAAAUUUAGAAUGUUCUAAGUUUCCUGUGGCCACUGAAAAUGUUAUAUGUGUCGGUGAUAACAAUAUAACUCAUGAAUCUCGCAACCAUAGUGAAACUAAACUGCCGAAAGUAGAUUUUAAGAACAACAAUGAAAGAGACCCUAGUAAACUCCAUGGCGCUAAAGAUUACGGAUUUGUGUGUCCAGUUCAAUUUAAAGUCCCCAAAAAUUUGGACCUUGAGUAUUCUCUUAAAGUAGGUGAUAAAAUAGAAAAUGAUUGCGGGGCACCAUGCAGUGGAAUGUUCUUUAGUCAAGAUGAAAAGAAAUUUGCUAGGCUUUGGAUAGGUAUCUGGGCAACCUUGUGUGCUGUCAGUUGCCUAUUUACAGUUUUAACAUUUCUUAUUGAUACAGACAGAUUCAGGUAUCCCGAAAGGCCUAUUAUAUUUCUGUCUGUAUGUUACCUAAUGGUAGCUGCCGCAUAUGUGAUGGGCUGGAGUGCUGGUGAUAGUGUAAGUUGUCAAGGACCUUUUCCAACAACAAUUAGUGGUACAAGAUUACCCAACAUAUCAGUAAUAACACAAGGUACAAAACAUGAACCAUGUACUAUACUCUUCAUGGUUGUAUAUUUCUUCAGUAUGGCCUCAAGUAUUUGGUGGGUGAUUCUGACACUCACUUGGUUUUUGGCAGCUGGUCUCAAGUGGGGUCAUGAAGCUAUUGAAGCCAAUUCACAAUAUUUUCAUUUAGCAGCAUGGGCUGUGCCUGCUAUCAAAACAAUAUCAAUAUUGGCAAUGGGAAAAGUGGAUGGUGAUGUCCUGUCUGGUGUGUGUUAUGUUGGAUUGUGGGAUGCAGAAGCCCUUCGAGGAUUUGUUUUAGCGCCACUAUGUGUCUACUUAGUCCUUGGAACUAUAUUUCUACUUGCAGGUUUUGUAUCACUAUUUCGCAUUAGAACCGUUAUGAAACAUGAUGGUACAAAAACUGACAAAUUAGAAAAGUUAAUGAUUCGUAUUGGUGUAUUUGGUGUUUUAUAUACGGUCCCUGCUCUAAUAGUAAUUGCAUGCUUAUUUUAUGAGCAGGCAAAUUUUGAUAAUUGGAUGGUGACAUGGCAUCGUGAUAUGUGCAUUACACCUCUUUACUCUAUACCAUGUCCAUUUACACGCAGGGACACAGAGCGUCCCAAAUUUGAAAUGUUUAUGAUAAAAUAUCUCAUGACUAUGAUAGUGGGCAUAACAUCUAGCUUCUGGAUUUGGUCAGGGAAGACAUUAGUGUCCUGGCGCCAAUUUUUUGAUAAAAUAAAAGGUCGUCGUGUUGAAGCUUAUGUUUAA